AUGGGCAAACCCUGGGAGACAUAUAAACAAGAGAUCUACCGCUACUACAUUGAGGAAGGUAAACCUCUCGCAGAAGUGCGCGAGAUUCUCAAGGCGAAAUACAACUUCGAAGCUUGCAAACGAAGUUAUCAAAACCAGAUCGAAGUAUGGGGUUUUAAGAAGAAUGUGCGGUCUGCAGAUAUGCGCGCCUAUCUCGAGCAAAAGCAGCAGAAUAUUCCAGAUUCCGAAAUGGGAUUGAGCCAAGAUAUCAUCGACAAGAUUACCCCGCGGAAAGUUCGAAGAUAUGAGAAACGCUAUGCUGGAAAGUCAAGCCCCAGCCGCGAGGCUACAUCUCCAAGGGAGGGCAGAAGACCGGAAGAGUAUGAAAACUGGGAGAGCUACGACGUCGACCAGCAUAGCCUUUUUGAUUAUCCCGACUCAUAUCCUGUUACUCCUUCUCAUGGUUCUGAAGACCAUUUCUAUACUGGAGACAUGAUUUCCAAUUAUCCAAGCUAUCCUGACCACAGGUUAUCAUAUUCCGCUGCCACCCUCGGAGAGCCUAUCUACGCCUCGACAGCUGAAUACAGCACAAUGGGAUCCUUAACGGCAACCGACUACGGAUACCGGUCCUCCCAUGAUGCCCACGCUCGCCCAUCAGGUACUCCCCACACAUCUACAGGCGUAAAGCAAACAACAGACUCGAUAGAUCUGAUGAAAGCCGCGCUAGCGGGGCGGUACGACGGCCUUCGCAGAUUGUUGAUGGGUGGAGAAACUCCAAACGUGCUGGAUCGUGAUGGAAACACAUCUCUUCACUAUCUAGUCCGUGGGUUUCAUAAGCUCCUUGACCGCGCAGCCCAUUCGCCUGGACUUCUGUCCGGUGAUCGUGCUAUGGGAAGUUCUGAAGAAUUCGAGGAAAGGAUUGCGGGGUUCAAUGCUUGUUUGAAUUUACUUUUGAGUUACGGCGCUAUGGCUACACCAAACGAGAGGGGGGACACGGCGGCUCAGAUGGCUUCUGCUCGACUUGCUGAAUACACGAAGGAUCCGUACAAUGCGGCUGCGGGGACACAUAAACAAUGGACACAGUUCGUCAAUUCGAUGUCAGCCGCAACGAGCGAAUAUACCCGAUGA